CGACGAGCUGCUUCCGGGUGAGCCGGGGCCGCGGCCGCCGGGCGGUUGUGUUGAGGUGACCAUCUCAUGUGGAAUUUAUCAACCGAUGUUAGCUCGGCGGGUGAACAGGAGCGGAGUUGACUGAAGAGCAAAGUGAAGGAGAGGAAGCUUUAUGGGUUUCCCCUGCUUUUCCAGGAUGCAUUGGAGGCUUGUUUUUGGAGCUGGCCCUGGUACUGAGUGCUUCCUGUGACUGCAGAUGAAUCUCAAACAUGGUUUCUUUUGAUCAAAAAAUGCACUGAACGGAUGAUUUCAGAGCCACAUGUAGCAAACCAGGGCGGAUUAGCGAACUUCCAUCUAGAGUAUGUACAGAAUGCCAGUCACCUCACUGUGUUAGGUGCCAAGUAACUUCCGGCUGACAUGUGAUGCUAAGCUAUGCAGAAGUCCAAGAAGAAAACAUGGAUCAGCCCAGUGGAAGGAGUUUCAUGCAAGUACUUUGUGAGAAAUACAGUCCUGAGAACUUCCCGUAUCGUCGUGGUCCUGGAAUGGGGGUGCACGUGCCAGCAACGCCGCAGGGAUCACCUAUGAAAGAUCGUCUCAACCUCCCAAGCAUUCUAGUACUGAACAGCUGUGGAAUCACCUGUGCAGGAGAGGAGAAUGAAAUUGCUGCCUUCUGUGCUCAUGUGUCUGAGCUGGAUCUUUCUGACAAUAAACUCGAAGACUGGCAUGAGGUCAGUAAAAUUGUGUCAAAUGUUCCCCACUUGGAGUUUCUAAACCUGAGUUCCAACCCUCUGAAUUUGUCAGUUUUAGAGAGAAGGUGUGCUGGGUCUUUCUCUGGUGUCCGCAAACUUGUGCUCAACAACAGCAAAACUUCCUGGGAAACGGUCCACACAAUACUCCAGGAAUUACCAGACUUGGAGGAGCUCUUCCUGUGCCUUAAUGACUAUGAAACAGUGUCUUGUUCUCCGGUUUGCUGUCAGUCUCUCAAAUUGCUCCACAUAACUGACAAUAAUCUUCGGGACUGGACUGAAAUCAGAAAGCUUGGAAUUAUGUUUCCGUUGCUUGACACGCUUAUCCUGGCUAACAAUCACGUAACGACCAUUGAAGACUCAGAAGAUUCUCUGGCAAGGCUGUUCCCAAACUUGCGAUCCAUAAACUUGCACAAGUCAGGUCUACACUGCUGGGGAGACAUUGACAAGCUAAACUCUUUCCCCAAGCUUGAGGAAGUGAAAUUGUUAGGAAUCCCUCUUCUACAGCCCUACACCACUGAGGAGCGCCGGAAGCUGGUAAUAGCCAGAUUGCCAUCUGUCAUCAAGCUAAAUGGGAGCGUUGUUGCUGAUGGGGAACGAGAAGAUUCGGAGCGCUUCUUCAUUCGGUAUUAUCUGGAUUUCCCCCCGGAGGAAAUUCCAUUCAGGUAUCAUGAGCUGGUCACAAAAUACGGGAAGCUAGAACCCUUGGCAGUAGUGGAUCUCCGACCCCGGAGCAGUGCGAAGGUGGAAGUUCACUUCAAAGAACAGGUGGAGGAGGUGUCCAUCCGCCUGGACCAAACAGUGGCUGAACUAAAGAAACAAUUAAAAACUGUUGUGCAGUUGUCAACAAGCAACAUGUUGCUCUACUACUUUGAUCACGAAGCUCCUUUUGGUCCUGAGGAGAUGAAAUAUAACUCACGGGCGCUACAUUCGUACGGCAUUCGGGAUGGAGAUAAAAUUUACGUGGAGACCAAAACUAAAUAGCCUGUUCUGGCUUUGUGCAUGCGCACACACACAUGCACGCACGCACACACACAUACACACACGCACAUACUAGGGACUUUUUGCAAGGUUGUUGACUGGGUAGACUGAGGCUUGAUUUGGUUUUCUUUUUAUACCAGGUAGCUUCUUAGCCCAGGUAGUGAGACCAGAUCUGCAAGACCCAUGCCACUGUUUAAUACGGAGGAGAAAGCUGACAUCAGUGUGUGUUCAUUUUGGAAUGUGUGAUAACUUGAUGUUCUCAUUGCUGCUCCGGUAUACUAGUGAAUAUGGCAUGGAUGGUCAGCUGUUUGAGCUAAGAAGGGUGUUAGGGUCCUUUAAUCGGGGGAAUUGGGGUUCGCUGCUGAAUUUGGUGAUCUUUUCCAUUUGUUUAAAGAUUUAGUAAGGCACUUGUCCACCCUGCUGUCUGCCUCUGGCUAGAAGGAGCUGAAUUAAUUGCUAUUUAUCUGGCUAGAUGAUGUUGCUUAACUUUGUUGGUUUAUUUUUUUUCCUGUUGAAUUUAGUGAAAGAAUUUUAAGCAGUUGAAGCCUGAUUCAGAGCUUAGGUUUUCAGGGCAUCCCAAACUCCACUAAGUUUGCAUAAAUAAAUGAGAUGCAAGGGGGAGAGUCGCACCUAAAAAUUUGAUACACAAAGUUCACUGCUCAGAUCAGCAGGCUUGACGCUGAUCUCCUGUAAGCUGUUUAGUUUCACUGGUCCUCCGGCAUCCUGUGUCGGCACGUGAUGCCAUGGAUGCUACUGAAAGUCUGGAGUUUAGAGGGCUUUGAGCAAACAUGUUGAUAAGUGACCUGCAGAAAGCUGUGAAGGUUUUUGGCUGAGCUUUGCAUCAGGCCGGAAUCCAGAUUAACAGCACAGCAGGAGGCUGAAGAGGAUACUAAAUUCAGGUAUUUGAGUAUGCCCCGAAUACCUAAACCUUUGGAAUAUCCUUUUCCUGUUGGCCGCUGGAAGUCCACUGAUAAGCACUUAGCAUUUUGAUUAGCAUUGAGGGCAGAAAGGCUGAGCUGUCCUAUAAAUUUGAAGUCUUGCUCCUUGCUGUUGUUCCAGAACCUAGCAAAAUCCUCCCUCACUUUAAUGUGGGCUCCCUCUUUAGGAUAGGUAAUGAGGGAACGCUCUCACCUGGAUCAUCUUACAAAAGGCGAGUAGAUGAAGAAGGGGACUCGCAACCACCGUAAAGCUGAUUCCCAAUAUUCUGCAUUGGCCCCCCCCCUCGUCCCCCGUAAGCAUUGUGCACUGCUUUUAAAUAGGCCCCUUUUCCCCUUCGGAGCCGGGUCCCAUCCUUCCAGUCCUGUUAUGAAAUCCUCGUUCCCUUUGUGCAUCUCUUGUAAAUCAGACAGCUGUUUCCCUUUACAGGGCCCUUCCUUGUUCCUCUAUCACACUGACAAGCUGAAGACAUUGGAAUUACUUAGUUUUAAGCAAGUGCAUUUCUUUAAUGUUUCUCAAGCAAGGUAGUCGGGGCUCUAGUUACGUAUGAACUUUUGACCUUAGUUACUUAACAUCCCCCACCUCCACGUGCACUUUCUUUCCCGUGAUGCUUUUGUCCAAGUCACUGAACUCCUUUAUAUUCUUGGAGUUCUGUAUUUCUCUUCAUAUUUUACCUGGAUUGCAGGGGGAUGAAAUAUAAUCUCAUGCCCUUCAGGUUCAGGAUGUUGGAACUAUUCAGACAAAAGUGGUUCCAUAGCUAGAGUAAAUGUAGAAAUAGGUUAAUUAAUUGUGCCUGGUCUUCUCCUGCCAAAAUAUUUUAUCUCCUGGCAUCAUAGAGAUGAGCAAUAUAAAAUAGACCAAGGUUUGCAUGUGUAAAAUGGGGUCGACAUUACCUGACUUGAUCUGUUAAGACUAAAGAACAGUCAGACAGUGACAGUGUAAGAUAAGUUGAGAUCACUCUUGGUGCAGAGUGUGUUUUAUAAGCUGUAGUUUAACCGAGGAUGUAUUUUCAGUCCAUUUGGGUAGUGAAAGUGCUUGCUGCCCUGCAGUGGAACUCCAAGCCAACACUUAUGUAUGAUAUAUACAUACGUAAACAUAGGAGAAGUUGUGUUUAAUAAGAUAUUUUAUUAUAAAACAAAGUUUUAUGAAGAUACAAUUGUUUUAAUAUUAGAAGAAGCCUAUUUCUCCUGUUGACCUAUUGUGCAAGUAUGGUACCCAUUGGUCACGAGAUUGUCCAGGUUAUGUGACUGAUGCAAAUAUGAAGGAAUACCUGAUCUAAUUCUAUAGAACAGUAAUUGCCUUUGUGGGUAUAUUCAUGGCAUUGUAACUGGUAUUAAUGAGACGCUGUAAUUACCGACCAACUCAUUCAGCACAACAAAAUAACUCAGUUUCAGAGAAGGAAAUAAACAAUCAAUUAAAGUGUUCAAUGGGAUAUUAAAGAAGACCCAAGUAUGUGCGUGUAAGUUUGUUUCCCUAUGAGAAGCUUUUCGAUUAUCUGGAAACGGAAUUGGUCCGGUCACUGUUUUGGCUCCGAAACGUAAACUUUUUUUAUGAUGGACCUGGUAAGUAUGGGGAAAACAGCAAAGGAAGAGAGGAGAUUUUAAAGUAAAAGGUUAGCGCACUGCACAGAGAGCUGAAACUGAGCACUCGCAUAUAACAGGAUCAAUGGUCCAUCCAGAACUGUAAAAGACACAGCACAAACUGCGGUCUCACUACUACACAGGGGCAAAGGCUGUUCGUGGCCAGUAUUAUAGAACCAUUUGCAUUCUGUGCAGCAGAAUAUGCGUUUUGUAUUAAGAAAAAUGAUAUUGGUUGAUAUCAGCUGCAAAAGCAAAGCCUCACCAAAAAGGGAAUGGUUAAUGUAUCCAGACACUCAGUCUUUUGAAAACUCGGUAGAGACAUGCAGACUUCAAGAUGCUCAGCAUUUUAGUGCCCAUUGGCAAAAUGUUCCCACUGAAAAUGGGACUGUGAGCAAAACUAUUUUUACAGAGUUUUGGAAGCAGCAAAGCUAUAAAGGAACAAACUUGCAGAAGGUGUCAUCUAAUUCUAGCUGUCAGCCAAGACUUCAUCAUGCUGACACGUCCUGGGUUUGUAGACAUUCCCGAUUCAUUAAAAGGUCUUCAGUUGUUUG